AUGCGGAGCCUCGCUGCACUGGUCCUCGCGGCUGCUUUAGCAGAUGCACUCAGUAUCAGGCCACAGAAGCCUAUUAGUCUCACCGAUGAUGCGGUCAAUUCAUGGACCUCUGGGCAACCUCUGGACUGGCAGAAACUGUGGGAACAACGAGGUCGCCCAUCACAAGAAGCAUGGCAAGAGAUGGAGGAUAGCGACCCAUACAUCCUGUCCUUGAGAAGAGACCGUGCUGAGGAGCGGAGUUUGAUCGAGACAGAGCCCGGAGUGACCAUGUGGGUGGCUGAGUCCCAGAAGUGGGAAUUAAAGAGAAAUGGAACGAACUUCAUGGAUAUCACAGCUACUGGUGAUAUAGAUCUUGUUGCGCAAUCGUCCAAACGAGCGACCGUCACAUACCCUGCGAAGCCAGAGUACAAUAUAACAGUCAAGAAGCUGCAGAAGGGUCUAGACAAGUCCAACAUGCGCAAGCAUCUCGAGAAAUUCACGUCGUUCCACACCCGGUACUACAAGAGCGACCACGGCAAAGCAUCUGCGGAAUGGCUGUACGGUCAGAUCAACGACAUUCUGGAGGCCUCUGGUGCCGCGAAACACGGUGCUACAGUGACCAGAUUUCCCCACGAGUGGCAGCAAUUCAGCAUCAUCGCCAGGAUUCCCGGGAAGAGCAACCAAACUGUUGUCGUCGGUGCUCAUCAAGACAGCAUAAACCUGUUCCUGCCUUCGAUAUUCGCCGCUCCUGGAGCAGAUGAUGACGGAAGUGGCACAGUAACGAUUCUGGAGGCUCUCCGUGUCCUCCUACAGUCCGACGAUGUGGUGAAGGGCAAGGCACCCAAUACUAUCGAAUUCAUGUGGUAUUCCGCUGAAGAAGGAGGCCUGCUGGGCAGCCAGGAGAUCUUCAAGUUCUACGCUCAGGACAAACGCGACGUCAAGGCCAUGAUUCAACAGGACAUGACUGGCUAUGUCACCAAGACUCUGGAAGCUGGAGAGCCCGAGUCUGUUGGCGUCAUAACCGACUUUGUUGACGUUGGACUCACCGAAUUUAUCAAGAAGGUCGUGACCGAGUAUUGCGACAUCCCAUACGUACUUACUAAGUGCGGUUAUGCUUGCAGCGAUCAUGCAUCUGCAUCAAAGUACGGCUAUCCUUCGGCAUUCGUGAUAGAGUCAGACUUCAAGUAUUCGGACAACAAAAUUCAUACGACGGGCGACACAAUUGAUCUGCUCAGCUUCGAUCACAUGCUUCAGCACGCGAAGAUGACGCUUGGUUUCGCUUACGAGAUGGCGUUUGCGAAGUUUUGA